GAUUCACGGGGGCGAAUGAACAACGUGACGGAAUUCAUCCUGCUUGGCCUGACACAGAACCCAGACGCACAGAAACUCUUGUUCGCUGUGUUUAUAGUCAUCUACUUUCUCACCAUGGCAGGCAACCUACUCAUUGUCGUGACAAUCACCACCAGCCGAGCCCUGGGCUCCCCCAUGUAUUUUUUUCUGUCUUUCUUGUCCUUCAUAGACAGCUGCUGCUCUUCUGCCAUGGCUCCCAAAAUGAUAUUUGACUUACUCGCCGAAAAGAAAACCAUCUCCUCCGGUGGGUGCAUGACUCAGCUCUUUGCAGAGCAUUUCUUUGGGGGAGUCGAGAUCAUCCUGCUCACGGUCAUGGCUUAUGACCGCUACGUGGCCAUCUGCAAGCCCCUGCACUACACGAUCACAAUGAACAGGCGAGCGUGUGGCCUCCUGGUGGCCACGGCCUGGGCCGGGGGAUUUCUUCACGCUCUGAUUCAAAUUCUUUUUAUAGUCUGGUUGCCCUUCUGUGGCCCCAACGUCAUUGACCAUUUCAUCUGUGACCUUUUCCCUCUGCUGAAACUCUCCUGCUCUGACACCCACAUCUAUGGACUUCUUGUUGCCGCCAACAGCGGGCUGAUGUGUCUGCUCAUUUUUUCUAUUCUUCUCACCUCCUACCUCCUCAUCCUUUACUCCCUGAGAACCCACAGCCCUGAAGGACAGCGUAAGGCUCUCUCCACCUGUGCCUCCCAUGUUACUGUAGUCGUCCUGUUCUUUGUACCCUGUAUAUUUGUGUACCUGCGGCCCACGAUCACCUUCCCCAUUGACAAAACAGCGGCUGUGUUUUACACUAUGAUAACACCUAUGUUAAACCCCUUAAUCUACACCCUCAGAAAUUCGGAGGUAAAAAACGCCAUGAGGAAACUCUGGAGCCAUACGGUAACCUUGGGUAACAAUUCAUGUGACUAGAGAAGGGAAAAAACAAAAUUUAUUCAUAUAUUAAGAACAAGUGUGACUAAUAGAAAGGAUAAUGGUCUUGAAAUCAAAAUAUACGAGCUUAAGUAUAUUUUGCUCCCCUUGUUUUCUCUAAUCUUUAAUGGUUCUUCUUUCAUAAAACAGCGAUAUUGCAUUAAAUGACGAAAGUCUCCUCCAUUUAGAAACCUCUCUGCAUUAACAAAUUAUUGAUCAAAGGGACACUGCCGAACAACAUAAAAAU